AUGGAGGCCUGUCUCCCGCAGCUGCCUCAGAGAUUGCUCCUGCUGGGGGCGGCCGCCCUGACCGUGUCUGCUGUGGAGACAGCCGACCUGGUGGAGCUCUGCGGCCAGACGUGGCAGGGGCCCGGGCUGCUGCUGCGCUCGCACCCCGCGUCGCGCAGGUUCUACUUCGUGGCCCCGGACACCGACUGCGGGCUCUGGGUGCGGGCGGCGGCCCCCGGCGACAGGAUCCGCUUCCAGUUCCGCUUCUUCCUGGUCUACAGCCUGACCCCGGCGUCCCCGGCGCCCCCGGCGCCCCCCGUGCCCAACGCCUCCUCCCCGGCGCCCGCCGACCGCUGCGCCCCCGGCUCCUACCUGCAGUUCUACGAGGGCCCGCCGGGGGCGCCCCGGCCCCUGGGGGCCCCGCUCUGCGGCCUGACCAUCCCCGCCCCGGUGGCGUCCUCGGGGGACUCCCUGGGCCUGCGCCUGGUCACCAGAGGCCGCCAGCCCCGCGUGGACUUCGUGGGCGAAGUCACCUCUUUCCGGCUGGGAUCCUGCGGUGCCUACUUCCGCUGUGGGAACAGGAGGUGCAUCCCCCAGAGCCUGGUGUGCGAUCCCUGGGGCAUGGACAACUGUGGCGACGGAAGUGAUCAGGCUUCCUGGCCACCAGCCGAGUGCAGAGGCCCCUCUCUGGUGCCCAGCCAGGCCGUGCGUACAGAAGCCUCCGAGCCCCCGACGCUCUCCGCAGCUCUUGGGUCUGCAGGCCCCCUCUGGACCGCAGCUGAGAGGAGCCCCCCGGCGGGCCGGGACCCCGCACAACAGGAUGCAGCUCCGGGAGGUCCCCGGUUGCGGGGCGUGGCACUGGCCUCCUCGCUGCUCCUGGCCUCCGCCGGCCUCUUCAUGGGCCUCGCCUGGUGCUGUUGCUCUCCGAGCCGACCAGGCUGGCGGGCUAGUGCCCACGGCCCCUGUCCCAGUUGCACCAUCUGUUACACGUGUCCUGGCCAGGUGGGCCCUGGGGGGGCUGCGGCCGAGCGGGCCAGCCUUCCAGGGCCAGGCAGGCCACCCCUAGAGAGGCUGCGGGCGUCGGAGGAAGGCGAGUGGGCUCUGGGGUCAGAUGGACCCUGGGUUCUGCCCUGA